UCCCCAUAUGGACGGCUUCCGAGGUGCCCCCCAACACCAGCGCCUCGCUGGUGGACAUGGGCUGGCAAGGGGAGGCGGAGUGGGGCGGCAAGGCGGGAGAGAUUGCGGGCAUGGUGGUCAUACAGUGCAUCUAUGCCCUGGUGUGCCUGCUGGGGCUGCUGGGCAACUCCCUGGUGAUCUUUGUCAUCCUGCGCUACGCAAAGAUGAAGACGGCCACCAACAUCUACUUGCUCAACUUGGCCAUUGCUGAUGAACUCUUCAUGCUCAGCAUCCCCUUCGUGGCCACAUCAGCUGCCCUGCACCACUGGCCCUUUGGCCGGGCUCUGUGCCGUACCGUGCUGGGUGUAGAUGGCCUCAACAUGUUCACCAGCGUCUUCUGCUUGACCGUGCUCAGUCUGGACCGCUACAUCGCCGUGGUGCACCCGCUCCGAGCAGCCACCUACCGCCGUCCUCGGGUGGCCAAGAUGGUCAACGGGGGCGUGUGGCUGCUCUCCUUGCUGGUAGCCUCACCGAUCCCCAUCUUUGCUGGCACCGCCACCACCCACGACGGCCAGGCAGUGGCCUGCAACCUGUUGUGGCCAAGCCCCGCCUGGUCAGCUGCUUUCGUGGUCUACACCACCCUGCUGGGCUUCCUGCUGCCGGUGCUAGCCAUGGGCCUGUGCUACCUGCUCAUCGUGGGCAAGAUGCGGGCGGUGGCGCAGCGGGUGGGCUGGCAGCAGCGCCGGCGCUCGGAGGGCAAGCUCACGCGGCUGGUGCUCAUGGUGGUGGCCAUGUUCGUGGUGUGCUGGAUGCCCUUCUACGUGGUGCAGCUGGUGAACCUCCUGCUGCCGGGCCGCCUGGACGCCACCGUGAACAACGCCUCGCUCAUCCUCAGCUACUCCAACAGCUGCGCCAACCCCAUCCUCUACGGCUUCCUCUCGGAGAACUUCCGGCACUCCUUCCACGGCGUGCUGCGGCGCUGCGUCGACGCCAGCCUCUGCUGCUGCCACGCCGACUCGGACACGGCGGAGGCGGAGGAGGAGGAAGAGGAGCCUCUCGACUACUGCGCCGUCCCGCGCGGUGAUGACAAGAGCAAGGGCUGCAUGUGCCCGGCGCUGCCCUGCCAGCAGGAGCCUGUGCACCCCGAGCCCUGCUGCAAGCCCGGCACCCUCCUCACUAAGACCACCACCUUCUGA